AUGCGAUGCAUCGUUCACUUGGACAUGGAUUGCUUCUACGCUCAAGUGGAAGCCGUGCGGCUUGGCAUUGACUGUCGUACAGAACCCUACAUUCUUUCACAGUGGGGAAAUUUAAUUGCUGUGAACUACCCGGCACGAAAAUGCGGCAUCGCUCGCUUCGACACUGUGGAAAAGGCUCGAGAGAAGUGCCCUCAUGUCAAGGUUUCUCACGUCGCCACGUACGCAGUGGGAGAUACGGAGUACAAGUAUCACGAAAAUGCUCGAAAAGGAACACAUAAAGUUUCCUUGGAACCAUAUAGGGAAGCUAGCCGCAAGAUCUUUAACAUCUUGCGCAGUUUUGAGGGCGUGGAAGUGGAAAAGGGCAGCGUCGAUGAGGCAUAUCUAGACGUGACCUUGGCCGCCCAGCGAGAGCUGGCGUCGAUCCGGCUGCCCAGCGCACAAUGUUCAUAUCAUUUGGAAGAUGUCAUGCACCCCGAAACUAAUGUCAUCCCCGACCGGCGAGCAGAGAUAGACGCAUGGCUUUUUGAAAAGGGAAAAGAAUUUAAUGAGAUCUUUGAUACGGCCCUGCAUCCACAGGCCACAGUGGAGCAUCAACUUCUCCUAGGUGCGGCGUCGCGAGUCGUGUGGAAAUUGCGCGAGAAAAUAUACCAGGAACUUUGCUACGACUGUUCCGCUGGAAUUGCACACAAUAAAAUACUCGCCAAAUCCAUCUCAUCACGCCACAAACCUAAUCAGCAAACAUUGCUCCUACCGGACCGCGUUGCUUCUGCGGUGUGGGACGCCCCUUACCAAAGCAUUCAUGGUUUUGGUGGAAAGUUUGGAGAGUCCGUUUGCCGCGCAUGUGGCAAUGCAGAGUUGUUUCGCGAUGCAUGGCUGGUUCCACUGGAAAAGUUACAAAGUGUGCUUGGUGUUGACGAUGGUACGUAUGCCUUUUAUAGACUGCGCUGUCAUGGUAAAGAGAAAAUACAAGAGCAGUCGGUUACAAAGACGUUGAUGGCGUCCAAAUCCUUUAGCCCUCCCACGUCCUCUUCAGAGGGGUUGCGAAAGUGGAUAACAGUUCUUUCUAGUGAACUCUGCGCACGUUACAAGGAGUUUUGUGAAACCAACAACGCAAAGGGACAAAGGCUCAAUGUGAAACUUGGAAACCAAGGUCUUCGCCAGCUAGGCGGUGUCUCGAAUAAUACAUUGGCCUUACCGGAGUUGGUGACAACAGAAACUCUGAUCGCCGCCGCCAUGCAGAUUGUUUUGGCAACUUUUGUAAGGCAUCCUGGUAUAAUGAUUAACGCAGUGACGCUGACCAUUGGCUUUUUUAAAAAGCUGUCUGAAGUGGAAGGCAAAAAUCGUGGUCGACAGACGAUGCUAACGAACUUUUUUUCCUGCAAGGCUGCUGAGAAACGUGGAAGGGGCGACCUUGACGAAUCGAAUGUGAUAACGCUCUCUUCUUCCUCUUCACCCUCGGAAGGUUCCACGGAAGAAAAAACUUCUUCCACGGAGGUAGUUAUCAUUGAUUGA